AUGAGUGGUCCAGGUGCUGCGGCGGCCUCAUGGGCUGUCGAGUCCAGAUCAUCAUUGCCCUUUCAUGUUUCGCACUCUUCGCCGGAUCUGUUAGCUGCUCAUGGCUCCGCCGACCGUGCCCUGCCCAAACCCCCGCCUUCUUCCCGCCUUGAUACCGCCCCGGUCGAUCGCUCCCCCGGUUUCAAGAGCCUGCCACCACUCCCACGCCUGGCUUCUUUUGACAUCCCUUCUUUCGACCUGAAUCUCUCCCCCCGGCCCGCCACGGCGAUAGAUAGGGCACCCCAGAUCGGGUACGAAAACGACAACGCAAUCGUGGAUAGGACCACUGCCGGUGGGACGGUGGUGGACGGCCACGUUCGCAACAGGAGCAAAUCAAUGGUCGACCGGCCCAUCUCGUGGCUUCCCGGCUCAAAAUCGGCCCCGAACGUCCGUACCACCCAUGAGCAUCAGGAGCACCGACCCAAGAGGCUGGCCAAGCAGAAUGUAGCCGGCCCAACGGUGAGCACAACGGCGGUGAAGUCCCCGGAAAGAUCCCGGCCCGUUGAGUCGUUUGCCGACUUUGCGAAACGGUCUUGGAUAUCCAAGUCAAGAUCUCCCUCUCCGCCCGGCAGGCUCGAGAAACUGCGAGGUACCGGCCGCGCCUUCUCCGCUGAGACACCCGGCACGAAGACGACACAGGGCACGCAGACGGGAGCUGACGCCGCGGGUGCUGCUGGGACACCGACCGGCAAGAGGAGCGCCUUCAACCGCGCUAGUCUUUAUCUGACGAGGUUGAAACAGAAGCCUCAAAACGUCUUCUCUAGAAACUCGACUUCCGUUGCCCUCAAGACUUCCCUCGCGAAGAGCGAAUCAUCGAGCGACUCCGAGUGCAGUACCCCCCCAGUAUCAACUCCGAACAGCCGCCCGAGCUCUCCAACCGUUCCGAAGAAUGCUUCUUACAACAGCAUCAACUCGGCCACAUCUUCCCAGCGAAGCCCCUCCGUCGACUCCGAAUUGGAUACCGACACAGCGACGGCGAGCAGCGCCUCUGAAAACACCUCGCAGUCCACCGUCGACACGACUGUAACGAUGCCGCACCCCACGUCGCGAGACCCGCUCUGGGCGACCUACCGGACCCUCGACGUCGAAUUCUCCAAGUUCGCCGGAAAGGGCUCGACAGCCGGGCGGAUGAGCGUAGUCCGGUCCAUUCUGGUACCGUUCCUACGGAGCACGGCAUACCACCCGUCCAAUUCGAACCGAUCCAUCUUGACGGCCGAGGAUGUCGACCGCAGAGCGACCAUCUUGAACAAGUGGUGGAAUGGUCUUUUGGCUAUGCUGAUCGGCACAAACUCGAGGCUACCGGCUGGCCUCGGUCAGGGCAUUGCCUCUCUCGGCAUUCACUUUCCAGUUCUGCAGCCCGUGGCCGGCGUGGACCGGCCUAUUCUGUUGGAAGCGACCACCAUGAUCAUGAUGCGCCCCGAGUGGAGGGCGUGUACGAGCCAAUUCCAACCCCUGGUCGAGCGCUGCUCCCGGGAGAAGGUCCGGCGUAGGUCAGGAACCCAGUCGACCGUGACGACCGAUCCAGAUUCGCUCCUUGCCGAGUCGGCUGAGCACAACGUGCGCACCAUGUUUGUCACCAACCUCACCACCCAGAUGGCGCUGGUCGUCGAGAAGCUGUCACUGCGGCACGCUCCCCUCAGCCUGGUCAACUGGUGUGGCAAGGCCUGUGCCUAUGCCUUCUUUUUCGUACCGGGCAUCUCCGACGUGCUUGUCCGGCUCUGGGGUUUGAAAGCAGAUCUGUUGCGCAGGGUGGCGGAUGAAUUCGAUCUGCCGAGGAGAAGCAAGGGCGAGAGCGACGACAUUGUAGCCCUGUUUCCAUCACACAUGCAUGACCUGGGCUGGUCGUCGGUCAAGUCGCUUGGGGACAAGCUGCGGGUGGCUGCGAAGCUCCCGCUGCUGCUUGCUAAGAUCCACUGGCACGGCCCCUGGGUAUCGAGGUGGCGAGGCGGGGAUACGGACCUGGUAUUUAUCUUUUGCAAGUACUUUUACGCUCUUGCCAUGGAUUUCAUGCCGGAGGGACUCCCGCUGGUCGAAAAGGCACGAGCUCCGGCCUUCGUGCUGGUUCAUGCUCAGCUGUUGUCCAUUUUGGACAGCACCAUUCACCGCCAGGCCUCCCUCGAUGCCCUGCUCGGGCCACCGCUCUCUGACACCCUGCACGGUGCCGACGCCUCGCUGACGGCGCCCCAACUCCCGAGCAAUCUACUCAAAGGGAUGGAUGAGAAUCGGCUGGUCGUCCUGCUCAAGGACAUGCUGGCCGAUGACUCGUUCAGCGAGGCCCCGGAGAUCAAGCAUACGUUCGCAGAGGCUUUUGUUGCAAUCGCAAAGGCCGCCACCAAGCGGACGCCGCGUUUCGAACACGCGUCUUGUUUCAUGCUGUGUGAUUUCCUUGAGGAAACACUGCUCGCACUUGACGCGUUCCAAACCACGGUGAACACGAGUUUCGCGACGUCUCCGGCCCCGACGAAUUCGCGGUCUGAUUAUUUCGGGCCGCCCAGCCCUACCAAAGCGGUCAACUACAUCGACUGGCCUUUCUGGUUUGACGUUGGCAAGAUGAUCAUGGAUUGUAACAACACCAUGUCGGAGAUCCGCAUUCUGUCUUUCAUCUUCGCGAUUUGGGAUGCUAUCGUCGCGGACCCUGCCCGCAAGGAAGCCGUCUGCCUGGACUGGUUGCUGUCCGAGGAGGUCUUUUCAAAGUUCUUCAACCACUGGUGCCCAAUGGUUCGUGCCUAUUACAUGCGCUUGCUUUGCUGGCGCAUCUGCAGGGACUCGGGCAGCUCCAACGAGGUUGACGUAAAAAUCUUCCUCGUUGUGUCUCAGCGGCUGAAGACGGUUUGGUCGCAUUAUCUCUGGCUGAAGCAAGACGCUGAGGCCAAGGGACGUGUGCAUCCGUCGACGGCCCCCACGUAUCCGGCACCGGGUAAGCGAUUUUUGAUCAUCCGGACCGAGGUUCAACCGCCUCAACAGCCCUUGCGCCUGGGAUUCGACUCUUCGAGUGCUUUUCCGUCGCUGGACUCCCCGUUUGACCGUUAUGCCCCCAUCACGAGCAAUGGCGACGGUGACGGUGCGUCGGCCAACGGUAAGGCGGAGAACAUGUCGUUCAAGAAGAGGUGGUCGCUUCUCGGCAAGGUGCUUCCAUUCGGUGCGUCUCAGGAUAGCCCGACGACAGAUACGCCGAAGCGCACCUGGGAGGAAGAAUUGGAGCAGGCCCGCCGGGACACGGCUGCGUCCCGGCUAGCAGGCCGCGGGAGGAAAUUGAAUCCACCCCAGUCGCUAGGCCCGCCGACUCCGCCGAAGCAAGGAUCCUCGGCUGCCGUCACGUCCUCGUCCGAGUCGUACUCGUCAACCGGAUCCGCCCCAACCUUCGAUGCUCCGACAUUCGUCUUCCGCUUCACCCUGACCUGGCAGACGGGCCCUAACGGUGCGCCCAUGCCAUGCCCGCCCAGCCGCGACCGCGUCAUCACCCGGCCUCGGUUGCCCGCGCCCGCGCAGGCCCGAGUCAGCAUUCGCUCGGGGGGCCCUGGCGGAGGCGAUCCGAACCAUGGGGCCGCGGUCUUCCGCAGCGAGAGCCCACCUCCCAUCGCCGCCGGUCUUCCACCCGUGACGCGGAGGGUCAGCGGGCUCUUGCAGACGGGAUUGAUUAGCGAGGCCCGGAACGCCAGGCCUCUUAGCAUGGUGGACGAUGGAUUCCGCACCCGGUCGCUCACGAGGGACACCGAGAAGCGGCUGUCGUUGAGCAUUAACAUCACGCCUCUUCGCAUGUUUGAUGACGAGAAGGGCGGCGAGGAGAGGUCAGAGAUUCAGUCUUCGGCCAGGACAUCCAGUUUCACGGGUUAUGAAUUGGAUCGCGGCCGUUUCGACUUGGGCGGCGGCAGCACCGGAUAUGUCCCGCCCCCGGCCGUCUGCGCUGAACGGCCAACCGGCGUGUUUUCUUCGGGUGCCGUUUAUGCCGGGCGGGCACUCGCGGAAUGGAGCUUGGUGGUCAACGAGUGCAACAGCUUUGUCGACCGCCGGCGCGACGAGGGCAUCCUGGGCUUGAGCGACGUCGAGGUGCCGACACUGAGUGUCGAUGGCCUCGGUAUGCGCGCGCGUGGCUAG